AUUUUUCUAGAGUGCGAAUAUAUAAUAAUGUCGUUAGAAAAAAAACAUUCAAUUGUUUUAGAAUUUGAAGUCUUUUUUUUCAAAAAUCAAACUGUUAGUUUUUGCUUUUUCGGAUUGUUGCAAUAUGAUCGUGUAUUGAAUGACUGAAGUUAACAGGUGUAUACGGCUGAGAAAUGUGUAUCAGUUUUGGUAAAAUGAAUUAGUCGAGUUUGGAUACGCCAGUGUUUGUGUCUCGUGGAUUCAGUAUGGUUUUAAAAAAUAUAUUCUGCAAUCCACUUAUUGGUUGUAAACAAAAACGUUGCGUUUCUGUUGUGCAUGUUUAUUGGUGACGAGUUGAGUAAAUAAACUUCCAACUUUAAUUCGUUUUCGGUGAAAGUUUUAUUUUUGUCGAAUAAACAUUACAAAUCUCUGUGACAUGCGAAUGACUACCGGAAAAUUUUACAAGAUUGACCCAGUUAUUCGUAGCUCUGUUGGUAAUUAUAGACGUAUAUUUCGGGAUGAAUCAUUUUUUUUUAAAUAAAAAAUAAAAUGUAAUAAAUGAAUUGGAACAGGAGAGUUGUUCCAUGAAGAAUUUGAGCUUUCGUCGAUAAUAUGUAGCAAAAAUGGGAGUCAGAAACAUCGAUACUGUCGCUUAACCUCACUCGACAGACCAAUGCUUUACACGUUGAAAGCAAACGAGAUAAAAAAAAAAUAUCGUGGGAAACCUUCGCGUUAAAUAAAUAGAGUGCUUUUGUUAUUCGUAACACUUUUGAGUUUUGUUAAGUAGACGAAAUAAUAGCAAAACAAACGACAAUGGCUGUGUCAGAGUGGGAUAACUCCUGCAGACUUUGCGCAGAGGAACAAAACGAAAUGUUUUCGAUAUUCGGAGAAGAAGGACUGAGAAGAAAAGUUGCUCACAAACUUCGAGUCUGUCUACCAGUUAUGGUGUAUAAAACUGAUCCACUGCCAAAAAAAAUAUGUCAAUUCUGCGCAGCUAGGCUUGACGAUGUUUAUGAAUUCAGGGAAUAUUGCCUGAACGUUUACAAAAGCAUGCAUCGCAAACUUUCCGGUCUUAAACACUUGAAAAGUGUUCAAAUUUAUAUGGAUGCUCUUAACAAUUCACCGGAUCCAUGUCAAGCACAGCUGUGUAAAGAAAAUGCACGAGCUCCGCCACCUUUAGUACCGUUGCCAGUAUCUCUGCCGAUAGUGAAACGAGUCACGAAUGAUUCACAAUUGGCUUUGAAUACUUGCCCGGAGCAAUUGACAGAAUUUUCGUGCGAAGUUGAAAUAAAAGAAGACGCAGAUGAUGAUAGGAUUCAAUCGAAUUUAACACAGCAGCAAGGUGGCUCCACUAACCAUGAAAUUACAACUAGAGAUUUUAACAGCAACAAAGCUGAGGAAUGCAAUGAAAACGACGUCAUCCUACUUGAUGAUAGUUUCAUGGAAGAUAAAUCCGAUAGUGAAACGGAAAAUAGAGAGGAAAAACGAAAGAGUAUCCUGGAACAGGUACUCACUGGAAACUUGACGAUCGAUGAUUGCAAAGAAGUUCCACCAAAAACCAAACCCACUUCUCAAUGGUGGUGUUCACCGUGCAACAGUUAUUAUCGAACUAAAAAUAGUUUGAUGAAACACGUGCAACUGUACUGCCCACGAAAGUACACCUGUUCCACAUGUUCCCUUGCCUUUCAAACGCUUCAAGAACUGGCAACGCACGAAGAGACUGAUCACUUGAAAGUAGCCUUUGACUUUGGGAAAGAGGUUAAGGAAUGUCAACAAUGCGAUCAGGAAUUUGCCAGUUCAGAGAUGUUCAGGCAUCACAGACUUCACGACCAUAUCGACGAAGCAUGGUGUGCACUCUGCAACAGAUUUUUCCCCACCGUCGAGUUGUACAACAGUCAUAAACAACUCCACGAUUCUGGUACCAUAAUACCCGAAGCAACAAUGAAUAAUGAAUUGAGUCCGCAGUUCCAAGAAUGGUCCAGUGAUCCUAAAACGGAGUAUUUUACAGAAAGUGUCAAAUCGCUCACUUGUCCCACGUGUGGCAAGGUGUGCACACAACAAAGUGCCUUAUCAAAUCACAUGCGUACCCACGAGCCGAAAAAGCACAAAUGUGAAAUAUGUGGACGAUCGUUUGGUCUUUUCAUACGAUUGGCCGCUCACAGACUCAGCGAACAUGGCCAGCAUCCUGUUAUGUCUCCAAUCGAGGCGAGUGUUGAACAAGAAGAAGCUUUGAAUGCUGAGAGGGAAGCGAGGGAGGCUCGUGUAGCAAAAAUGCCGAUGACGCAUGGUCGAAAAUCUUCCGAGAUUCUGAACGACGACGAAAUUUCAAUGAACGAGCUGAGCGACCCGAACCAAAGGCCUCGUGAAAAUGCAAACGCACCAAAAAACGUAGCUCGCUGUGGAAUUUGUCAACAAUGGUUCACCGAUCAUACCACGAUGUUGACUCAUCUUCAAACACAUUCGGAUACCCUGACCUCCAAGAGUUUUAGUUGCAAACUAUGCACGAAAACGUUCAAAGAAAAAUGGCAAUUGAAUAGGCACGAGGUAUCUCACAAACGAGGCAAAAUUAGCCAUUCUUGCAAAGUAUGCAGUAAAACAUUCAGAGACAAGAGUCAGCUCAAAAUCCACGAAGCCAUACAUGCGUUAAGCAAAACUUAUCACUGCCCAAAGUGCAAUAAAAUUUUUUUCAAAGAGUUCUCUUUAAUGACUCAUCAGUGUACCGGAGUACCGGUAUUCGGUAAAAGAAAUACAACAAUGCCAGGAAAAACGACACGGAAAGCGCCGUCCACUCCCAGUGGAAAUUCAAAAAAACACAAAUUAUCUAAAGAUCGAGGGAGUUUAAAUAAUUCACGAUCGAUGAGUUCUCGUUCGCGUGUUGCUUGCGAAGAAAACACCAAAUCUCGAAAUGAUACUUUGGUGGUGGAUUUGGAAGACAGCACAAAAGUCAUCUUUGAUACCGACGAUUUUCCGGGUACGUCGAGAUCGAACUUAGAGCCCAAUGUCCAAAUUAGUGAACCAGAAAACCUUCCAACACCGGUUAAAAGGACCCUUAUCAAGUCUGCUGGCGGAUACCGUUGCGGAGUUUGCCAGUCACCGUUUGUUCUGCGUGAUCUGGCUGUCGCGCAUCUCCGUUCAGCUCAUCCAAUGAUGCCUUAUCAAUGUCCAUACUGCAAGAAGCGCUUUAUUAAUCAAUACAACUUUACCCAUCACAUAAAAACCGAUCAUCCGAACGAAUCGGAGAAUUGAGCGGGGAAUCUAUCGUUAACUUCAUAUGCCUAUCGCGUGAUUUUGUGAACAAGCCCAUGGAACAAAUGAAACGAAUGCAGUUUUAUUUGAGUUUAUUGAAAAAAACAAAAAAAAAAAGCUCUGACUCGAGUCGAGAUUUGGUUAUUAAUCUUUGAUUUGACGAGUUUUCAACAAUUUCGUAUAUAUUUUUGCUAAAUUUACCAAACUCUAGCCAAAUAGAGCAAACUCUCUGCCAAUCCAAAAGUUUACUUUUAAUCGCAGCAAAUACGUCCGAUUAGUAGUACGAUUCAAUCGGGCUGUGAGCAAUGACAAAUAGUUGCAAAUUUCCAUAAAUCAAUCAAUUCGAUUGAAAUACUUAACGCUUUUAUGGUUUUAAUGAAAAUUCAUAUUUUGGCCGAUUAUAUAAUAAAAGCCUCUUUGCCUUUGAGUUCAGAACGAAUUUGAACGCUACUUGCUGGUGACGCACUACUGGGUACUAAGAGAUUCAAUAUAGUAUUUAUACAAAAGGCAUUUUAUAAUCAACAGUAUAUCUUUCGUACAGGUUUUUCUUAUCAUAAAUAAAACAAGUAGAAAAUCUGCUCGUCAACACACUUUAAAAGAAAAACGAUGAGCGAGAGACUGUUUCCCAAACGAAACAAGUCGGUUUAAGAAGGUUAUUUGUUAUUCGCUGAAAUUCCAUUCGAACAUUGAACCACAAUUACGUUUUCGUUCCUCAUUGUUCGAAUGUAUUUGUGAUAAGCCUAAUGCCGCUUUGGCCAAAACUCGAAAAUUGGCGGUCGUUGCUUUUUGGGCGAUCAGCUCGGAAUUUUCCUUAAUUGUAAGCAGUUUCCUUAUCUCGUGACAAUAUAAUUUUCAAUCGCAGGCACUUAUUUUCUUUUACUUCUGAACGCGAUUGCUACGAUUGUGUCAAAAACGAGCCUGGUCACUUAGAGAGUUGGGAUCGUUUUCGACGUUGUAGAAAUCUAGAAUUAAUAUUGUGUGUGACAUUUAUCCCGUGUACGAAUAAACGAAAUGACGAGGUUUUUUUUUUACUGAUGAUUUUGGCCAAAGCUGGAAAGAACUUGAAAAUUUUUUUGAAUGUAAUUCUUAACCACAAAAUAACAGGGAAAUUUUUGUUACACCGUUGAAAAUUCUACGAACGUCCACAUUUUUAUAUAAUGCCGUUGAAUUUAAAUAGUUUAUUUAAAACGUAGUAUAAAUGAUUUGAGAUUGGAAAGAAUAUGAAUAAACAAAAAUAUGUAUGUUUAUGAAAAAACAAACAGCGAGUGCUAGUGCGUACAAGUAUUCCAUGGAAUCGUUUAAUCCCAUGUACGUUAAUUACCAUUUAUAUGUUGAUGAUUCAUUCCAUGUUAUCUUUAUUUCGUAUUCCGAGUUUAUAAUAUAAAAAAGAAAAUAAAAAUAUGGAUUUAAGAAACACAA